AUGUUAUUCCCAACUGUCCUUGCUACCAUUGCCGUCUUUUUGGCUUCCAUUUCGGAAGCUCUAUCGUUUCAUCCUCCUUACCCUCAAGAAUCGGUCGACCUUGAUACCCCAAACAGAUUUCUUGGUAAUGCCGGUCCUUUCAACGAGGCCAUAGGCUAUGGUAUUCCUGCCGAUACGCCUGAAGAAUGUAAAAUCGACCAAGCACACCUUUUCAUGAGAGAAGGUGCUAGAUUUCCUCAAAAAGGACAAGUUGAAGAUUAUGCUGAGCUUUUGGAAACUUUGAAAAAUAGCAGUAUUGCCGUUCCAGGUGGUCCAUUGGCUUUUGCCACAGAUUACGAGCUACUAGACUUCAACGCUACAAAGUACGGUCGACACAUUUCUUUCGAUGGUAUUUAUUCCGGCUCUAAUGAAAUUCACAAGCUUGGUGCUAUUCUGAGAGCCAGAUACAACCAUUUGGUUGACGAAUCUAGUACUACUCCAAUUUUUGCAGCUGCUGCUCAAAAGGUCUACGAUACUGCACAGAUUUUUGGGGAUAGUUUCUUCUUCGGUGGCCGUGCAGGUGACUACAAAAUUUUUGUUUUUGACGAAGAAGAAUCAGAAACGGCAAACACUCUGACCGGUGCUUACAGCUGUCCACUUUAUGACGAUGACACAAAUGGAGAUUUAGUUGAAAGCUCCAAGUUGGACUUCGAUCAAUGGGAAGCAGAUAGGUUCAACAGAUUAUCUCCAGGUUUCAACUUCACUGACGACGAUGUCUACACUAUGUUCUCAUAUUGUGCAUUUGAGCUGAACGCUUACGGCUCCUCUAAAUUUUGUGAUGCUCUAUCAAGGGAUUACUUGAUUGGUCACUCUUAUCAAUUGGAUUUAAAUUACUUCUACACAUAUGGUCCAGGUUACAACUUUUCUACCGUUGGUGGUGGACUUUAUGUCAAUGCUACUGCCACUAUGUUGAAACAAGGUCCGGAAGUUGCUCCUCCUUUGACAUUCUCAUUUACUCACGAGACUAUUUUAUUGAACUAUAUUACGGCUCUUGGUUUACUAGGUGACCAAACCACUUUGGAUGUUGAUAAGGUUGAUUUUAACAGAUACUUCCACGCCUCUCAAGCCAUCCCUAUGGGCGGGAGAGUUGUUACCGAAAGACUAUCUUGUACCAACCACACUAGUGGCAAGGAUGAAAGUUACGUGAGAAUUUUACUGAACAAUAAGGUCACACCUUUACCAGGCUGCAACUCUGGUCCAGGGUUUUCAUGCCCAUUAGACGACUAUCUUGAUUAUGUUAGCAACAAAACUGUCAGGUUUGCAGAUGCAUGUCACUUGAAUUCAUCUGUUCCCCAAGACUUGUCUUUCUACUGGGACUGGGAAACUGCCAAGUAUUCCACCAAUUACACAUUCGAAUACUGA